GAACUGACCCGACGGUGCUUAGGGGGAAAAAAAAUGAAAACGAUAUUACGACGUUGUUGGUCUGCUUAGGGCAAAGUAAAGUGAGUCAGUCAAGUGUCUAGCUCUAGCUGUAGAAGGCUCAUUCUCACUCCCUGCACUCAAUUGGAGGAGUUGUGGGUUGGAUUGGAAAAAUUGGAAAUGAAUCAGUCGAUGAACGUUCGAAUUCAAGCCCCUUCUCCUUCGUCUGCGUCCCCUCCUCCACGUCCCUCCUCUGCUUUCUCCCGUUCUCACAAAACUCAUCAGCUAUUGCCAGGGGCAAUUUGUACCUCCCAAAGGAUAUCUCGUUGCUUUGGGAUUCAAUUCGAGGCUUGUUCUAGUUCUAAUCUCUCGAAAACUUCCGUAGUUGCCAGAUAUUUUCCUGGGUGGUCUCAAACACAAUCUUGGUUUUCAAAAGACUCAAAACAACCGGUGAAAAGUUAUUCAUUGCCAUCGGGAGCAUUAUUGACUUCAAAUACUCAAGAUAUAUCCAGUGCACCUCUUACCGGUGACCAGAAGAUAGGAGUGUUAUUGCUGAAUCUUGGAGGUCCAGAAACUCUAAAUGAUGUGCAACCUUUCUUGUUUAACCUUUUUGCUGACCCGGAUAUUAUUCGGCUACCAAGACUGUUUCGUUUCCUUCAAAAGCCGUUGGCACAAUUUAUAUCUGUUCUCAGAGCACCCAAGAGCAAAGAAGGCUACGCCUCGAUUGGUGGUGGUUCUCCUCUUCGACGGAUAACUGAUGCACAGGCUGAAGAGUUGCGGAAGGCCCUUUGUGAUAAGAAUGUCCCAGCAAAGGUGUAUGUUGGCAUGCGUUAUUGGCAUCCAUUCACUGAAGAAGCUAUUGAACAGAUAAAAAGAGAUGGAAUUACAAAGCUUGUUGUGCUCCCUCUAUAUCCCCAGUUUUCAAUAUCUACUAGUGGUUCAAGCCUGCGACUGUUGGAGAGUAUAUUCCGGGAGGACGAAUACUUAGUUAACAUGCAGCAUACAGUUAUACCUUCCUGGUAUCAGCGUGAAGGAUACAUCAAGGCCAUGGCAAAUUUGAUUGAGAAGGAGCUAAAAUUUUUUGACAGCCCUGGAAAGGUGAUGAUAUUUUUUAGUGCGCAUGGGGUGCCACUUGCAUAUGUGGAAGAGGCUGGUGAUCCAUACAAGGCUGAGAUGGAAGAAUGUGUGGAUUUGAUUAUGGAAGAAUUAGAAAAGAGAAGGAUAACUAAUGCAUACACUCUUGCUUAUCAGAGUAGAGUUGGACCUGUGGAAUGGUUAAAACCCUAUACUGAUGAGACAAUCAUUGAGCUUGGGCAAAAAGGGGUAAAAAGUCUUCUUGCCGUUCCAAUUAGCUUUGUCAGUGAGCAUAUUGAAACUUUAGAAGAAAUUGAUGUUGAGUACAAAGAGUUGGCUCUAAAAUCUGGUAUAGAGAAAUGGGGUCGUGUUCCUGCUCUGGGAUGUGAGCCCACUUUCAUUUCAGAUUUGGCUGAUGCUGUGAUUGAAAGUCUCCCAUAUGUAGGAGCAAUGGCAGUCUCGAAUCUUGAAGCUCGACAGUCAGAUUUGCACUCAGCGUUGCACUCUGCAACUUGUAGAUUCCGAAGAAGGGUGUUAGCAAGACCGUGUUUGAAGAUGCGUUGUCCAAGUUGGGCGUUUCAGAUAUCCACGCACCAACUUGAGGGGGAGUAUUAGCAUAUAUGUUAACCACGAUUUAUGGAAUGACUUACCAUAUUAACAUAUAUUUGAUUAUGCAUAUGUUAGCAUGUAUGAUAGCCAUGAUUUAUGGAAUGACUUACCAUAGUAGCAGAGAUUUGAUUUAAUUUCUUUUCUUAUAAUAUGAGCAUGUGCUCUUAUUUUAUCUAUAAAUACUAGAGCUGUGAAUGAGUGAUUGAUAUCAUUCAAGCUUUUACAUAUUAUAAAUCUCAUUCAAACCUUUUACAUAUUUAUCUUCUCUUUCUUCUACAUUAUAUUUCUACUGUUUCAUCUUGUACCAUAACCGCACAGGCAGUUUUCUUUGCCUCCUCCGGUUAAUCCGUGUUCGUUCCCACCAAAUUGAAGCCUAGCCUUUAAGCUUGAAGGCAACAAGUGGAACUUGCUUGUUUUCAGGUACAUCAAAAUACUUGAAAGAUUCUUCAACUUCUUCAAGUUAGUCCAAGACAUAUUCAAUAAUAAUACUUCCAUUGAAAGUAAGUAGAUCAAGUUUUGCUUGAAACUCACAAUUGUCCGCUGAAUGCGAAUUUCUCAUCUCCGGAAUAAUCCGCAUAGGCUGGAGGCCUACAUGGAUAAACAGGAACAUAACCCACAUUUAGUUGUGGGAGACAUUAUCAACGCUAACUCGGACUGAACCAUGAACCUGGUUGCCACAAAUCCCAAAACAUGUUGCUACGAACCGUUCUUUAGUAUGCAUAGUUGCCCAAGGGGCCUUCACUCUACGAUCAUCGUCGAUAAGGUGGCUGAAACCAAAAUGAUCAAUCACUAGCAAACCAGGGUAAAUCAAGUCUCUGAUACCAAUUGACGUAGCAGAAGCUAUGAAAUGUUCACAAGGGAACAAGGGGUAACUUUUAAUCCACGAAGUUGAAGAAAAUUCGCAAAGAUUUCUGAAAUAUUAUCAAUCAAAGGUUAAACUCUGUUGUAGCGUACAUGCAUAUUUAUAAUAAUAAAAAAAAAAACCUAAUACUGAAAGGCUACCUAUCAGCUAAAGGAAAAUAAAAACAUAAGGAAACUAAUACUAAAUAUAAGCCUAAAAAUAAAUUAUUUCUAAAAAUUCUGAAAAAAAAAUAAUAAGAAACCUAAAAAUAAAAAAAUGAUAAAUAUAAAAUCUCAAAGCAUUUGUUUAGGCCUCGAAUAAAAAUCCCGAAAUAAUUAGCAGGACCCCUAUAAGACAAGAAAAACCCACUUCGGAGUCCUAAACGAAGGUUUUCAGCCAAAAACCGACAUUGCCCACUAGCUUAAACUAUAGAGUUUUUUGCAAUGGGUCGUUUCCACCCAAAAAAUCACUCCUGUUUGGUUGAAAAUGGACUCAUCGAACUGACUGGAAUUCUCUUAUGCAUCAGAUCACUCACGAAUAAAUUUCAUAAGAUAUUUUAAUUCAUUUGGAGGGUCAGAUGUUCAUAGCCUUAGCUUCGCAUGGAGAGGCUGUUUUACUUCAAGGUUUAAAAAAGUUCCAUCUUGUAUAAUGGAAUGCUUGUAUGUCCCACAUUCUCGAUCUCCCAACACACACGUGCCACAUGCAUAUGCGAAGAACAAUAGGACCUUAAAAUAUUUCUUAGGAACUCCCAUAUGUAUGUACAAUAAGUAUGUCCCGAGUUUACUAAAUUCAAAAAUAUUGUCUCUGUCCUAGAAUGCCCAUGUUCUGCACCACUAUAUUACUGUCUGAUUGAGGUUAAACUAGUGGAUUUUUCUCAAUGGGUCGUUUCCACCCAAACAAAAAAAAAAAAAAAACCUCCUGUUUUGUUGAAAACGGACUUGUCUAACUGACUGGAAUUCUCUCAUGCAUCAGAUCACUCAUGAAUGAAUUUCAUAAAAUAUUCUUAUUCAUUCGGAGGGUCAGAUGAACAUAGCCUUGGCUUCGCAUGGAUUGGCUGUUCCAUUUCAAGGUUUAAAAAAGUUCCAUCUUGUAUAAUGGAAUGCUUGUAUGGGACACCACAUUCUCAAUCUCCCAAGGCACACACGCCACAUGCAUAUGUGAAGAACAAUAGGACCUUAAAAUAUUUCUUAGGAACUCCCAUAUGUAUGUACAUUAAGUAUGUCCGGAGUUUACUAAUUUCAAAUAUAUUAUUUAUGUCCUAGAAUGCCUGUGUUCUGCACCACUAUUUUACUGUCUGAUUGAGG